UGCCGCCGAAUCUUCCGUGUCAUCACGUGAACAGUCUGCUUGUCGUACCCAAGUUAAACGAUCCAUGUCGGACAGUGUGAUAAGUUAAUGAUCUUAUAAGAGGGCAAAAAUCCAUCAGUGUAUUCCUGGCUUAAUGCUUUAUAGUUUCUCAAACGAGAAAAACAUCAGCAUGGAGAUACCUAUCGUAGAUUUCAGUGUCUAUGAACGUGAAAAUACGCAUGUAUCAGACGACAAAUUAGAAAAGCUUGUGGAAGAACUGAGAUCGGCAUUUACUGAUGUGGGAUUUGUUUAUCUAAAAAACACAGGCAUUCAUCAAGAAGAGGUGGACAAAGUCAUGAGUGUUUCCAAAAAGUUCUUUAGUUUGCCGGAAUAUAAGAAGGCACCUUUCACCAGGGGCAGUUUCUCCUGUAAUGGAAAUCACGGCUGGAUUUCAUUAAAAACGGAAAGUCUAAAUCCUCGGCGUCCUGGUGAUUUGAAGGAGGCAUUUAAUACAGCAUCACUGAGUGCGAAUAUUAAUUGGCCCUCUGAAGGAGUUGAGGAUUUUCGAGAUAUCCAGGUAUCGUUUUUCCUACGUUGUAAGGAUCUUUCUCUCAGAGUGCUGAGAGUGAUGGCUCUUGGUUUAGAUCUGGAUGCAGAUGUCUUCCUCAAAGCACAUAAGCAUAUUGGAACUGAUGUGAAUCGAACCACUUUGCGGACUUUAUAUUACCCUCCAGUGAAGAGCGAAUUUGUGACACAAGAUCAGUUGCGCUGUGGUGAACACUCGGACUAUGGCAGCAUCACUCUUGUCUUCCAAAGUCCAGAGGGUGGACUGCAGGUUCUUAGUCGGACUGGAGAGUACAUUUCAGCCCCAGCCAUUCCUGGAACAGUUUUAGUUAACAUUGCAGAUCUGAUGCAAAGGUGGACCAGCGACCUUUAUGUGUCCGCUGUUCACAGGGUGUUGCUGCCCCCUGAAGGCGACUCCAAUACACGUCAGUCUUUGGCAUUCUUUGUUCAGCCUGAUGAUGAGGCCAUUGUUUCUUGCUGCGAUGGGUCAGACAAAUAUCCUCCUGUUAAUUCACUUGAUUACCUUUUGUCGCGGUUCAAGGAUUCUUAUGGAAAAAAGUCUGUUGUGUCAUGA